AUGAAGAAGGCUCAAGACCGACAAAAGAAGUAUGCAGACCGCGGUAGAAGAGAAGUCAUUUUUGCAGUAAAUGAUUUAGUCUUCUUGAAAGUAGCUGCACAAAAAGGAAAGGAUCGAUUUGGAAAAAUUGGGAAGCUAGCUACUCGUUACAUUGGGCCGUACCAAAUUGUCGCUAGAGUUGGAGAAGUAGCCUAUAGACUACAACUUCCACACGAUAUGCCUAUGCAUCCGGUAUUUCAUGUGUCGAUGCUGCGUAAGCAUAUACCAGAUCCGAAUAUGGUCGAGCCGCAGCGACCAGAGAACUUGCAACCUAACCUCACUUAUCCUAAAGGUCCUUUGCGAAUAGGCGAGCGUCGUAUCAAGAAAUUGAAGAACAGGGAAAUUUCGCAAGUUCAAGUAUUUUGGGGAAAGCGACAGAGAGUUGUUAUAACAUGGAAGGAUGAAGAUAAGUUCCGAGUUGAUUAUCCAGAACUCUUCCCAGAUACCCCAGUCGUCCAGUAA